AUGGCGGCCCCGCUCCGCGGCGCUCGGCUGGCGGCGGGCGCGGGGCGGCGGCGGCGGCUUUAUGCGGCUUUAUGCGGCCCCUGGCCACACCUCCCGCCGCCGCCACCGGGGCCACCGGCGGGGCCGCCCCCGUCGCCACCGGGAACCCACCGGGCAGCGACGCGCCCCCCCCCUUCCCACGGCGGCGGCCACACCGGCACCGGCACCGCCGGUGGUUUCAACGGCGGGGCCACCGGCGGGGCAGCCCCGGCGCUGGGCAGCGCGGAGAGCCGGCCCGGAGCCCCCGGCCCCGCGGCGCCCACCCGAACCCCCGCCUCCUCCAGCCCUGCUCAGUCCCGGGAGCAACCGGGAUGA